AUGCAGCGGCCGGAGGCCUGGCCACGUCCGCACCCGGGGGAGGGGGCCGCGGCGGCCCAGGCCGGGGGCCCGGCGCCGCCCGCCCGAGCCGGGGAGCCCGCGGGGCGGCGGUUGCAGGAACCUUCCCUCUACACCAUCAAGGCUGUUUUCAUCCUAGAUAAUGACGGACACCGCCUGCUGGCCAAGUAUUAUGAUGACACAUUCCCCUCCAUGAAGGAGCAGAUGGCCUUCGAGAAGAAUGUCUUCAACAAGACCAGCCGGACUGACAGUGAGAUUGCAUUUUUCGGGGGUAUGACCAUCGUCUACAAGAGCAGCAUUGACCUCUUCCUGUAUGUGGUGGGCUCAUCCCAUGAGAAUGAGCUGAUGCUCAUGUCUGUCCUCACCUGCCUGUUUGAGUCCCUGAACCACGUGUUAAGGAAGAACGUGGAGAAGCGCUGGUUGCUGGAGAACAUGGACGGAGCCUUCUUGGUGCUGGACGAGAUUGUGGAUGGCGGCGUGAUUCUGGAGAGCGAUCCCCAGCAAGUGAUCCAGAAAGUGAAUUUUAGGGUGGAUGACGGUGGCUUGACUGAACAGAGCGUGGCCCAGGUUCUUCAGUCUGCCAAGGAACAAAUUAAAUGGUCGUUACUGAAAUGAAGGCUGUGCGUUCAAGGCUCCUUGCCCCCAGACCAUUCACCCAGUCCUGGCAAAAGCUCACAGACCCCAGGGGACAGGAGCGGUCCCUCUGUAUCCCCAGGUGCUCCCAGAACUGACUCCCAAGGUCUGUGGCCAGGACUCUGAGAUACACAGGUUUGGCUUCAGCACUGAGUCACCCCUUCUCACUGCCCUGACUUGCCGCUUGGGCCAUGAGAACCAGCUGAGUUGCCUUAACUCAGACCUUAGGCAUCCUCGGCCCCCGAGCCCUAAUAAACCUUGCCUCCUGCCAUGGUCUUCUUCUUUCUUGGCCUGGGAAGGGUGUGUGUUCUGAUAAGGG